UAGUAAAACACGUGUUGAAUAAUAUUAGACAACUGUCAAAAUAGGUUAACUUUCAUAGUUUUAAGAUUGUUUACAUCGUUACGUUUAUUAGUGAAUUGUGAAAAUGCGGGUCGUUUCUCAAUCGAAAUUAGUUGAAUUACAAAAUAAACCAUCAAAUAUACGAAAUAUUUGUAUCUUAGCCCAUGUCGAUCAUGGAAAAACAACCUUGGCGGAUUCGUUGGUUGCUAGUAAUGGUAUUAUUUCACAAAAAAUGGCAGGAAAAUUACGCUAUAUGGAUAGUAGAAAAGAUGAACAAGAACGUGGUAUAACUAUGAAAAGUAGUUGCAUAACAUUAUACUUUUCACCGAUUCCAGAAACUGAAGUACUUGUUAAUUUAAUUGAUUCACCGGGGCAUGUUGACUUUUCUUCAGAAGUGUCCACAGCUGUACGUUUAUGUGAUGGUGCUAUAGUUGUUGUUGAUGUUGUUGAAGGUGUCUGUCCUCAGACGAGAGUUGCAUUGAAACAAGCUUGGUUAGAAAAUAUCAAACCUAUUUUAAUUUUAAAUAAAAUCGAUCGAUUAAUCACCGAAAUGAAAUUAUCUCCAUUAGACGCUUAUAUACAUUUAACUCAAGUUCUAGAACAAAUGAAUGCUGUUAUGGGAGAGCUUUUUCUUACUGAAGUUAUGGAAAAAACGGAUACUGUACCUGAAAAUAGCAUAACUACAUCCAAAAAUAAAGAUCAAGAAAACGUUUAUGAUUGGAGUACUGGUGUUGAAGAUGCAGAUGAUUCAAAUUUAUAUUUUUCGCCAGAAACCGGCAAUGUAAUUUUUGCUAGCGCUGUUGAUGGGUGGGGAUUUGGCGUACAAGAGUUUGCUAAAAUGUAUUCAGAAAAAUUAGGAUUUAAGGAAGAACUUUUAAAUAAAGUAUUAUGGGGUGAUUUUUAUUUGAAUUCAAAAACAAAACGGGUUAUGAAAGGUGCUCAAGAGAAAGCAAAAAAACCACUUUUUGUCCAGCUGGUGUUGGAGAAUAUUUGGAAUUUAUAUGAUAUUUUAAUUUUGCGUAAAGAUAGAGAAAAGGUUGGUCCGAUUGUCGAAAAAUUAGGUAUUAAAUUAACAACACGCGAUUUACGACUUACUGAUAUGCGAUUAUUGUUACAAGCCAUUACAAAUCAAUGGCUUCCAUUAGCAAAUGCUGUUCUUAAUGCUGUUUAUAAAAAAUUACCGUCCCCUUUGGAAAUUACGUCGGAGAAAGUAGAAAAAUUAAUGUGCUCUCAAAAUACGAGAUUUGAUUUUUUACCACCUCAAACACAAGCAUUAAAAGAACACUUUUUAGCGUGUAAAAGUACCUCUGAUGUCCCAGUGAUCGUUUAUAUAUCUAAAAUGUUUCCAAUUGAAAAGAAAAGUUUACCCGAGAAUAAACCCAAACCAUUAACUAUGGAAGAAAUUGCUCAAAGACGUGAAUUAGCACGGUCAAGACAUGCUCAAAAACAGUUAGAUAUAGAAAAUGCAACAACUCCACUAGCAGAUCAACCUGAAGUGGAAAAUGUUUCACCAGAGCUUGUAAAGGAUGAUGAUGAAGAUGCGUUUGUUGCAUUUGCAAGAGUUUUUAGUGGCGUUUUACGAAAAGGUAUUGAAUUGUAUGUUUUAGGACCAAAACAUAAUCCUGCUGAUGCUUUGAAAAGUUCUGAUAUUGAUCCUAAUUUAACGCUAAAAGAUUUGAGAGGAAAUCAGCAUGUGACAAAAGUUACAAUUGAAAGUUUAUAUCUACUAAUGGGGCGAGAGUUAGAAUUGUUAGAAGAAGUACCAGCAGGAAACGUUUUAGGAAUAGGUGGGUUAGACGAACAUGUUUUGAAAACAGCUACACUCUCAACUAGCCUAUUUUGUCCUUCGUUUACGGAAAUGCAAUUAAUGGCUGUACCAAUUGUACGAGUUGCAGUGGAACCUAAAAAUCCUGCUGAUAUACCGAAAUUGCGUAAAGGUUUGCGGCUUUUAAACCAAGCAGAUGCUUGCGUUCAAGUUUUAAUUCAAGAAACAGGAGAACAUGUUUUAAUUACUGCCGGUGAAGUACAUUUAGAACGAUGCAUAGAUGACCUUCAACAGCGCUAUGCGAAAAUCGAAUUGAAUGUAUCGGAGCCAAUUGUACCAUUUCGCGAGACUAUUGUUGAACCACCAAAAGUUGAUAUGGUAAACGAAACUAUUGAAGUAAGCAAAAAAGAGGAAACUGAUACAUUAAUUACAAUAUGGACUCCGAACAAACAAAUGUGCCUUAGUUUAAGAGCAUUGCCGUUACCACAAAAUGUCGCAACUCUUUUAGAAAACAAUAACGAUCUUUUAAAAACUGUUGAUAAGGUUUUUGGUCGUAAAAAAAUUGUCGAAAAGUUAUGUGAAUUAAAAAUAAAUGAAUUAUUAGCUGAACGUACGCUGAAACGAAUAACAUCUUUAAAAGACGAAUUAGAAAAAGAAUUCAUGCAAGAUUCCGAAAAAUGGAAAGGUAUUGUUGAUAACAUGAUGUGUGUUGGUCCAAGAAAAUGUGGACCAAAUGUUUUUUGGAAUAAAGUAAAAGACUAUCCACGAUCAUCAAUGUGGGAAAUUUUCAAUGAAUUAUCCGAUCCGCGUAUAGAUUUUGAUGCUAGUUUAUUGAACGGGUUUCAAUUAGCUACGUUAUCGGGACCGAUGUGUGAAGAACCUAUGAUGGGUGUGUGUUUCGUGUUAGAGAGUUGGUCGUAUGAUCCAACAGUUGUUGACACUGGUGUGUACGGACCAUUAUCGGGACAAGUUGUGUCGGUAGUGAAAGACGGUUGUAGGAAAGCGUUUCAAGCACAACCACAACGAUUAAUGGCUGCUAUGUAUUCUUGUAACAUUUUAGCAAAUACUGAAGUUUUAGGAAAAAUGUAUGCAGUACUUGGACGAAGAAAUGGACGUAUAUUAUCUGGUGACAUGACACAAGGGUCCGCUAAUUUUGUUGUAACAGCUGUAUUACCUGUUGUUGAAAGUUUUCAAUUUGCUACUGAAAUACGAAAACAGACAUCAGGACUUGCAAGUCCACAAUUGGUCUUCAGCCAUUGGGAGAUAAUUGAAAUUGAUCCAUAUUGGACACCAAAUACUGAAGAAGAGUAUUUACAUUUUGGUGAGAAAGCAGAUUCAGCUAAUCGUGCACGACAGUAUAUGGAUUCAGUGAGACGUCGAAAAGGAUUACAUGUUGAAACAAAAUUAGUUGAAUUUGCAGAAAAACAACGUACUAUUAAGAAAAAUAAAUAAUUUGUUUUUUUGGAU